AACCAAUAUAAACGUUUUAGUCGGUAGUCAGUAAUUAUUUAUUUGCAUCCCGCUGGAUUUUAUAUAUACAUAUCACACUCUGUCUCUGCUAUAUAUAUAUACCUUCUUACUCUGUGUAAUCUUCCACGCUUUCUUCUUCAGUUUUCUCUGAAUUUCUUCUUCACAUUGUUUCUGAUACCAUACGAAUUCGGAUUCGGAUCAAGUUCAUAUUGAUCCACUAUGACUUCUUAUACGCCAAAAAACAUCCUCAUAACCGGGGCAGCUGGAUUUAUCGCGUCUCAUGUCGCUAACCGCCUCGUUAGAACCUAUCCGGAUUACAAGAUUGUAGUGCUUGACAAGCUUGAUUACUGCUCAAAUCUUAAAAAUCUAAACCCUUCUAGAUCCUCUGCCAAUUUUAAAUUCGUUAAAGGAGAUAUCGCGAGUGCAGAUCUAGUCAACUAUUUGUUGAUAACCGAAUCCAUUGAUACCAUAAUGCACUUUGCUGCUCAAACUCAUGUUGACAACUCGUUUGGAAACAGUUUCGAGUUCACGAAGAACAACAUCUAUGGCACCCAUGUACUUCUAGAAGCCUGCAAAGUCACUGGUGGGAUCAAACGGUUCAUCCACGUCAGCACUGACGAGGUGUAUGGCGAAACAGAGGAAGAUGCGGUUGUGGGAAACCAUGAGGCUUCACAACUUCUUCCUACAAAUCCGUAUUCUGCCACAAAAGCUGGUGCAGAGAUGCUUGUGAUGGCUUAUGGGAGGUCUUACGGGUUGCCUGUGAUCACCACUAGAGGAAACAACGUUUAUGGCCCGAAUCAAUAUCCGGAGAAACUCAUCCCGAAGUUCCUUCUGUUAUCCAUGAGAGGGAAGCCGCUGACGAUCCAUGGUGACGGGUCGAAUGUCAGAAGCUAUCUUUACUGUGAAGAUGUUGCGGAAGCUUUUGAAGUUAUUUUACACAAAGGUGAAGUUGGUCAUGUUUACAAUAUUGGAACCAAGAAAGAAAGGCGAGUUCUUGAUGUUGCUAAAGAUAUAUGCAAUCUUUUCAAUCUGGAUCAUGAAUCCAGCAUCAAGUUUGUUGAAAACAGACCUUUUAAUGAUCAAAGAUACUUUCUUGAUGAUGAAAAGCUCAAGAGUUUGGGUUGGGCUGAAAGAACCAUGUGGCAGGAGGGUUUGAAAAAGACUAUGGAAUGGUACACCAGCAACCCUGAUUGGUGGGGUGACGUGUCAGGCGCACUGGUUCCUCAUCCACGUAUGCUGAUGACGCCAGGUGGCGUUGAGGGAGUGGUGGAAGUGUCUGAAAACGUCCAAUCAGAUUCACCUCAUCCCGGGAUCAACUCUUCCCAGUUUCGAAAAGUGGGUCCCAUUUCAAAAACCGGUUCAAACCCGCCUAGUAAACCGGCUUUCAAGUUCUUGAUCUAUGGAAAAACCGGGUGGAUCGGUGGGUUGCUUGGGAAAAUAUGCGAAAAACAAGGGAUUCAAUACGAGUAUGGAACAGGUCGGUUGGAGAACCGGGCCCAGAUUAUUUCUGAUAUCCAAAACAUUAAACCGACCCACGUGUUCAAUGCAGCCGGUGUCACGGGUCGACCUAAUGUGGAUUGGUGUGAAUCUCACAAACCCGAAACGAUUCGCACCAAUGUCUCUGGAACCUUAAAUCUAGCAGAUGUCUGCCGCGAAAACAGGAUCUUGAUGAUGAACUUUGCCACUGGAUGCAUAUUUGAAUAUGAUGCUAAACAUCCUGAAGGAUCCGGAAUCGGGUUUAAAGAAGAAGACACACCCAAUUUCACCGGUUCAUUCUAUUCCAAAACCAAAGCAAUGGUUGAGGAUCUUUUAAAAGAAUAUGACAACGUGUGCACACUUCGGGUCCGAAUGCCGAUAUCUUCAGACCUUAACAACCCGCGCAAUUUUAUUACUAAAAUUGCACGGUAUGAUAAGGUUGUGAAUAUUCCAAACUCGAUGACCAUAUUGGACGAGCUUUUGCCUAUUUCGGUUGAAAUGGCAAAGCGUAACUUGAAGGGGAUAUGGAACUUUACAAACCCGGGUGUGGUGAGUCAUAACGAGGUUUUGGAGAUGUAUAAAGAGUAUAUAAACCCUGAAUUUAAAUGGAAAAAUUUCACACUUGAAGAACAAAGUCGAGUGAUUGUGGCACCAAGAAGCAACAAUGAGUUGGAUGUGUCGAAGUUGAAGAAAGAGUUUCCUGAAUUGCUGUCGAUUAAAGAGUCUUUGGUUAAAUACGUAUUUGCACCCAACAAAAAAAAUUAAUUUAGUGUUUUCUAAACUUGUUUGCUUAUUACAUUGUAUCUUUAAAGUCUCAUGAUUGUAUGUUGCUACUAGUAUUUAUUUAUAUAAAAAAAUAUUCAUUUUUAUA